AUGGGCUCAAACUAUCCUCAUUCCACUCUUGCCACCUCGCUCUCAACAUCCCCUUACACCCUCCAAAAUAACCUCGAGCACCUCAUCCAGCGUCGCCGGGCAUCAAAUGCUGCUUCACACCGACCAUUACGCUGGAACAUCGACCGCACUUCUCAUCCGGCCGAUCAAAGCGAUGUAAGCGUGGGAGACGCAAUCUUCCCCCACGACAUUGAGGAUGGCAAGCCGACAUCUGAGACUUCGAGCCUCUCAGAUGCGGGCGGGCGCGGACGCGGGCCACAGCGCCUGUCAUUCACUGGUCGCGGUGCCCGGAGUCCAGAUUACGGAGCCGUUUCCAACUCUGAGCCGUUACAGGCGCCAGACCUUAGUACAAUGCCAGUACCUGGUGCCCCGCCUGACACUUCGCGCUCGCGGAGCAAGGGGCGCACCCCGCCCCGCCACGUUGUGCGACCCAUGACCAGGGCUCGGCGACAGGCUGCCAUUGACGCAGGCGCAUCCGCAAGCGCCAUCGCGAGUGUAGAGGCCAACGGCAGCGUGAUCUCGGUCAUCAGCGAGCCAGACCGCGAGCGCCGGACCCAGAGCCCGCCAGCGAUGCAUGGCCGGGGACGGAAUGACGACCGCCGCCCAAUUUCCCCUCACGUUGCCUUCCGCCCGCUGUACCAGCUCGAGGAGGACGAGGAAGCAGCUGCACGUGCCGCCGCCCGGUCCAACCUCUACCUCCCCGGAACUGGCGGGACUGGCGAGCCCCUCUCUGAUGACCCUGCUGCGGUGCUAGAGGCUGAAGACCUCGACCUUCCCAUCGAUGCAUGCGGUCAGGAGGUGCGCACCUGGCGCAGCGCGCUCGACGCCGAGCUUCCCCUGCUCAUCCGCUCCACCAUCCCCGUCUUCCUCACCCAGCUUGCAGAGUACUCGCUCUCCCUCGCCUCUGUCGUAUCCAUUGGGCAUCUCGGCACCAAGGACCUCGCCGCAUCCAGUCUCGCCAACAUGACCGCCGCUGUCACCUGCUUCUCAAUCCUCCAAGGGUUGGCUACCAGCCUUGAUACGCUCCUCCCUGCCGCCUGGACCGGCUCGGAUCGGCGACAUGUGGGAUUGUGGACAAUGCGGUGCACAGUCGUCAUGAUCGUCGCGAUGAUUCCCAUGUUUGUUCUGUGGUUCAAUAUCGAGGUCGUGCUCCUGUGGCUCAGGCAGGACCCUUACGUCGCGUCGUUGGCUGGGACGUAUCUUGCCUGGCUCUCUAUCGGUAUCCCAGGGUACGCCACCAACGUUGUGCUCAGGAAGUACCUCCAGUCGCAGAACAUCAUGCACAUCCCGACGUACGUGCUGUUCGUAGUAGCGCCCAUCAACCUCCUCCUCAACCUGCUUCUGGUUUGGGGACCCGCGCCCAUCCGUCUGGGCUUCAUUGGAGGCGCCGUCGCCACUGCCUUCUCAUUCAACCUGGCCGGUACCAUGCUCUUUGUCUACGUAAUGUGGUGGGGCCCGCGCGACUCGCUCCACCCGUUUUCGUUGCCCCACAUCUUCUCCAGGCUGGGUACAGUGACGCAGUUGGGACUGGCAGGUACUGUCAUGCUCUCGUCUGAAUGGUGGGCGUGGGAGGUCUGCGCUUUAGCAGCGGCCUUGCUCGGCUCAACCGCACUCGCCGCGCAGUCGGUGCUCCUCUCGACGUGCGCGACCCUGUACCAAUUCCCGGCAGCUCUCGGCGUGGCUGCGUCUGUGCGUGUCGGCAACCUCCUCGGCGCAGGCAGAUCGUGGGAGGCCAAAUGGGCUGCGCGUGCCGCUUUCAUCCUCGCGACUGUCUUCGCCCUCUUCAACAGCUUUAUCUGCGUCGUAUUCCGCCACCAGUGGGGAUACCUCUUCAACAGCGACCCUGAGGUCGUCGCCAUGGUCGCCGAGGUCAUGCCUUGGAUGGGCCUGUUCCAGAUCAUGGACGGCUUGAGUGGAGCUGCGAACGCCAUUAUGCGCGCGCUCGCGUUGCACUCGAUCGGCGCCAUUGUCAAUUUCACAGCUUACUAUGGUGUUGGCAUUCCGUUCGGCCUAUGGUUGACCUUCCGCCACCACAUGUCGCUUGUCGGCAUCUGGAUUGGUCUGGCCGUCGCUCUGCUGUACGGUUCCCUUCUGGGCGUAACCAUCGUAUGGCGGACCGACUGGGACCAGGGUGUUGAGCGCGUGCGUCUCCGCCUUGGUCUUGGCCCGCUCGAACACGACACAAAGUACGUGGACGACAGUGACGGGUUUGACGGCCACGCCUGCGCCCCAAACCCGCCCGACGGCGAGCGCAGCGGCGACACGAGUCGCAUCUAUCGCUCCCCCCACGCUGGGUGGGAGAGCGACCGCAGUGACCCCGGCACGCCACGCCCCGGACCUAGGCAGCUCAACGGCAAGUACGACCCGGAGCGCCAGGCGCUACUUGCGUGA